UUCUACUACAAGCCUACUUCCAGUAUUUAACAUCUUUCAUCACAAAGCUAAACCAUUCCUCCUUUUUCUUUUCCCGCGCUUUAAAACCACUCUUGUUUCCUUAAUUUUCUACAUUAUAUUAAUAUCACCCCCUUCUAAUCUCUAUCUGAUAGCAUAGUCAAAGAUUUGGGCCUGCUUUUCCAACCAAAAUCUCCUUUUUCUGCUAACGUUUUCUCUCACACAACUUCCCUUUCUUGGAUUUCAUUGAUUUUUGCUGUGAACACACACAACACACGUUCCCCCCAAACUCUUAUGCUUCAAACAACAAAAUCUCUGUGUGGAGAUGGAAACCGUUAAACCAAAAUCAGCACUGAACAAUAGGAGCAAGAAACUGGCGAAGACGUUCCAGAAGGUGAUCAGCCUCCGAAGUGCAACCAAACUCGCUUCUAACAAUGGCAUAUGCAUGCUCAACUCCCACCUCAAAGUCAAGGAGGAUCUCUUCUCCGAUCAUCAGAGCAAAACCCACCAAGGGAAUGGCAGAAAUAGAGCCGUUAUGGAGGCUCUCAUUGCAAGACUCUUCGCUGGGGUCACCACCAUCAAAGCAGCAUAUGCAGAACUCCAAAUGGCGCAGCACCCGUACAACAACAAGUCCAUUCAAGCCGCGGAUCAAGCCGUGGUGGAUGAACUCAAAGCCAUAUCAGAGUUGAAGCGGAGGUUCUUGAAAAAAGAGCUUGAUCUUUCACCCCAAGUCACCAUUAUUCUCGCGGAGAUUCAGGAACAGCAGAGCCUGAUGAAAACCUACGAAAUCACCAUCAAGAGGCUCGAAGCCGAGGUUGAUUUCAAGGACUCCAACAUCUCAUCGCUCAAAAAACACCUCGACGACUGUGUUUCCUUCAACAAAACACUUGAAAAGAAGCUCAACGCGAGUGGCUCGUUGUCACUGUUCGAUAACCUCACACAUUCAGCGUUGAUUCCAACCCAUUUCGUCCAUUUUCUUCACCACACUUUGCGAUCAGUUCGAAGCUUCUCCAAGUUGAUGAUGGCGGAGAUGGAGUCUGCUCACUGGGAUCUCGAAGCCGCCGUCAAGUUCAUCCACCCAAAUGCCGUUUUCGCCAAACCAACUCACCAGAGCUUCGCAUUUGAAUCAUUUGUGUGCAUAACAAUGUUUGAAGGCUUCAACAAUCCAAACUUCAGCGUGCAAGAAGACCCGCCUCAGAAGCACUCACUCCAACACGGACAAAGUCUCUACUUUGACAAAUUCAAAAAGCUCAAGUCUCUAAACCCGAGACAGUACUUAACCCACAACCCAAACUCUUCCUUCUCCAAGUUCCUGAAAUCCAAGUACCUUCAAGUGGUGCAUGCCAAAAUGGAGUGUUCCUUGUUUGGCAACUUGAACCAGAGGAAGGUGGUGAACUCUGGAGGGUACCCAGAUUCCGCGUUCUUCAUCGCGUUUGCAGAGAUGGCAAAGCGCGUUUGGACCCUGCAUUGUUUGGCAUUAUCGUUUCACGACGACGUUACUGUUUUUCAGGUCAAGAAGAACACGAGGUUCUCUGAGGUUUACAUGGAAAGUGUGACAGAGGAAGCUGUUUCAGCUUCGGGGGAAUCCUCUGAUUCCAAUUCCGGCGAGCUUAGGGUGGGUUUCACGGUGGUUCCGGGUUUCAAAAUCGGUAAGACAGUGAUACAGAGUCAGGUUUACCUCUCUCUGGUGGGUUCUCCGGCAAGUUCCUGAUACGUAUCAUUAUUAGUAUUAAUUACUGUAUUAGUAUCCCUUGUCACGGUAAUGCUAAUGUUAUGAGUAUAAUACUCAUAAUGAGUUGUCAAGUAUAUUACUAAGCGUUAAUUUACAAAAUAAAUGUCUAGAAAUUUAUUAAAUAUAUAAUAAUGAGUAUUAUUAAAUGAAUACUUGACAACUCAUUUUCUGUAUUAUUACUUGAGGGAGAGAGCAAAGUAUUAAUUCCUGUAUAAUUAGGCAUUUUUGAGGUUAUUAUUGUAUAUUUGGUCUCAGCGUAGGAUGCUUCAGGUGCUCUGUUAGACACUCUCCAAGGAAAUUAUAGUACUAUACAUUUGGUAUAUACACUUUUCACACUCUGUUUUCUUUUUCUUCACUUAUCAUUAAUGUCAAAUGUAAAUCAUCUUGUAUUA